GCACUUCGUUAGAGAGCAGAGCGUUCACAUGCCACACCACAAGAUCCCCACAAUGACAUAACUCCAUUCAGAGACUGGCGCGACUGGGCUGGGUUUUCCCCCUUCAGCUCUUGUAUCACUGAGAAUCUGGCAGCCAGUUCCGUCCUGACAGAGUUCACAGCAUAUAUUGGUGGAUUCUUGUCCAUAGUGCAUCUGCUUUAAGAAUUAACGAAAGCAGAGUCAAGACAGUAAGGAUUCAAAGCAUUCACCAAAAAUGAAUCUAGGUGCAUUUACUUUCCUCGUGGCACUCAUCGGUGGUGCCAGCAGCCAGUACUACGAUGACUACGACUUCGUGCUGUCAAUGUAUGGGCGAUCCUCACCAAACUGUGCCCCGGAAUGUAACUGCCCUGAAAGCUAUCCAACGGCCAUGUACUGCGAUGAGCUGAAACUGAAAAGUGUGCCAAUGGUGCCUUCUGGAAUCAAGUACCUUUACCUUAGGCAUAACCAGAUUGACCACAUUGAUGAAAAGGCCUUUGAAAAUGUGACCGAUCUACAGUGGCUCAUUCUAGAUCAUAAUCUUCUUGAAAAUUCCAAAAUAAAAGGAAAAAUUUUCUCUAAACUGAAACAGCUGAAGAAACUGCAUAUAAAUUACAACAAUCUGACAGAAUCAGUGGGCCCACUUCCCAAAUCUCUGGAGGACUUGCAGCUCACUCAUAACAAGAUCAAGAAGCUCCGUCCCUUUGAAGGGCUGGUAAACCUGACCUUCAUCCAUCUUCAUCACAACCAACUGAAAGAUGACGGCAUUUCAGCUGCUUUCAAAGGUCUUAAGUCACUCGAGUACCUUGACUUGAGUUUCAAUCAGCUAACCAAACUGCCUUCUGAACUCCCAAUGUCUCUUCUAACUCUCUACUUAGACAACAAUAACAUCAGCAACAUUCCUGAUGAGUAUUUCAAGCGCUUUAAGGGGCUGCAGUAUCUGCGUUUAUCUCAUAAUGAACUGGCCGACAGUGGAAUACCUGGAAAUUCUUUUAAUGUAUCAUCCCUGCUUGAGCUGGAUCUCUCCUAUAAUAAGCUUAAAAAUAUACCGACUGUCAAUGAAAACCUUGAAAACUAUUACUUGGAGGUCAAUCGACUGGAAAAGUUUGAUGUGAAAAGCUUCUGUAAGAUCCUGGGACCGUUAUCCUACUCCAAGAUCAAGCAUUUGCGUUUGGAUGGCAAUAAUAUCAGCCAUACCAAUUUGCCACCUGAUAUGUAUGAAUGUCUACGUGUAGCAAAUGAAAUUACCAUUAAUUAAUAUCCGCUAAUUUCAAUUAUAUUGAAGUAUAUCCUGGAGCAACAUUUUAUGAUUAUAUUUUUUGGUGUUUUGGUUUUCAUAGUAUUCAAUUUUGUAGUUGUUGUUUAUUACUUCCAUGAAUUUUAAAUUCUGAGAGAAAAUGUUUUGUAAACACUUUACUAUUUUAAAAAGAAAAGAUGAAAAGCAGGCCUAUUUCAUCACAAGCACAGACACACAUACAACAACUUAAUGCUUUAUUUGGUGAUUUAGUGUUUUUUACAUCUCUACUGUUAAAUGAUGUGUGAAGCCUUUUACUGGUUGCAUGGAAGUCAGCUGAGUCUUAUAAUUUCUAAAUCUUAACUUAAUGUGCCCAAAAGUAUGGACUACGUACAUAUGAAUGUUUACUGCCUUGAAUCAAAUUAUCUUAAUACAUUCAAACUUGUUUGGCUGAAAUGUAAAGGGUAAAUUUUGAGACCAAUGAUUUUAAAAAAUAUUAAAGUUCAUGGUCACAUACAUUUAAAGCAGAAGUUUUAGUAUUGAGAAUUUAUAUAGUUACCUAAACUUUUCUAUAAUUAUUUUCUACUUUAAGUCAUGUGUAUGUUUCCUUUUUUUAUUAUUUGCAUGUUAUGUUUAACAAGCUAAUAGCAAAAUAAAACAUAGCAAAUGGCA